GUUCUCUCUUCUCUCUGCCGUCCAUUACUAGACGAAAAGAAAGGGCAGAAGAGGGUUUCGCUUCUCCCUGCUCUCUCCAUCCCCAACCUCCUCCACUGCUUCGCAGGCAGCGCCUUCGUCCGUCCCUCCGUUCUCAAUUUUACCUCGUCGGAUUUUGGUGCAGCCCACCAGAUUGCAUCAUGGCGGGGGUCCUUGCUCAAUCAACUAAUGUACCUGCUGUGGCUGCUGGUCAGAGGCAUGGCAGCUCGAGCAGGUCUGGAAGGCCUAGAAGAUCUGUGAAAAUGAUGUCUGCUCUACAAGCACCUUCUCUUGCUAUGAGAGGUUUUUCCGGUUUGCGAGGGACCAAUGCUCUUGAUAAUUUUGUUAAGACUGGCCCUGAUUUUCAUUCUAAAGUAGCGAGCUCAAUCUCCUUCCCCCGGGGAAAGGCCAGCCGUUGUGUAGCUAGAGCCAUGUUUGAGCGAUUCACCGAAAAGGCAAUUAAGGUAAUCAUGCUUGCCCAAGAGGAAGCACGGAGACUUGGUCACAAUUUCGUUGGGACCGAGCAAAUCCUACUUGGUCUUAUUGGUGAAGGCACUGGUAUAGCUGCCAAAGUUCUCAAGUCAAUGGGGAUCAAUCUUAAAGAUGCACGUGUUGAGGUGGAGAAAAUAAUUGGAAGGGGUAGUGGAUUUGUUGCUGUGGAGAUUCCAUUUACUCCGAGGGCAAAGCGUGUUUUGGAGCUCUCGCUGGAAGAAGCACGUCAACUUGGUCAUAAUUAUAUUGGAUCUGAGCACUUGCUUCUUGGAUUGCUUCGAGAGGGUGAAGGGGUGGCAGCUCGUGUUCUUGAGAAUUUGGGUGCGGACCCUGGCAAUAUCCGCACACAGGUUAUCAGAAUGGUUGGAGAGAGUACUGAAGCUGUUGGUGCUGGUGUUGGAGGCGGAAGUAGUGGCAACAAAAUGCCAACACUUGAGGAGUAUGGGACGAACUUGACCAAGUUGGCAGAGGAGGGUAAAUUGGAUCCUGUUGUGGGAAGGCAGCCGCAGAUAGAACGCGUUGUCCAAAUCUUGGGUCGUCGAACCAAAAACAACCCUUGUCUUAUUGGGGAACCUGGUGUAGGGAAGACUGCUAUUGCCGAAGGCCUUGCACAACGAAUUGCGAGUGGUGACGUUCCCGAGACAAUUGAGGGGAAGAAGGUUAUUACCUUAGACAUGGGUCUCCUGGUUGCUGGCACGAAAUACCGUGGAGAGUUCGAGGAGAGACUGAAGAAGCUAAUGGAAGAAAUUAAACAGAGUGAUGAAAUAAUACUUUUCAUUGAUGAGGUGCACACCUUGAUUGGAGCUGGAGCAGCGGAAGGAGCAAUUGAUGCUGCAAACAUAUUGAAACCUGCUCUUGCGAGAGGUGAAUUGCAGUGCAUUGGUGCUACCACAUUGGAUGAAUACAGGAAGCAUAUUGAGAAGGACCCAGCUUUGGAAAGACGUUUUCAACCCGUCAAAGUUCCUGAACCAUCAGUUGAUGAAACCAUUCAGAUUCUAAAGGGGCUUCGUGAGAGAUAUGAGAUCCAUCACAAGCUCCGUUACACUGAUGAAGCCCUAGUAGCUGCAGCGCAUCUAUCCUAUCAAUACAUUAGUGACCGUUUCCUCCCUGACAAAGCAAUAGAUUUAGUUGAUGAAGCUGGUUCUCGUGUUCGACUACGUCAUGCAGAGCUCCCGGAGGAGGCUCGAGAGCUUGAGAAAGAGCUCAGGCAGAUCACAAAAGAGAAAAACGAGGCUGUUCGGAGUCAGGAUUUUGAGAAGGCUGGGGAAUUGCGAGACAGAGAGAUGGAUCUGAAGGCGCAGAUAUCAGCCCUCGUGGACAAAGGCAAGGAGAUGAGCAAGGCAGAGACUGAGGCGGGGGAUGUAGGCCCUAUCGUGACUGAAGUGGAUAUCCAGCAUAUUGUCUCUUCUUGGACUGGUAUUCCUGUUGAGAAAGUGUCCAGUGAUGAGUCAGAUCGCCUCCUCAAGAUGGAGGAGACUCUCCACAAGCGAGUCGUCGGACAGGACGAGGCAGUCAAAGCCAUCAGUCGUGCCAUCCGCCGAGCUCGUGUUGGGCUCAAGAAUCCCAACAGACCAAUAGCUAGCUUCAUCUUCUCUGGUCCGACUGGUGUGGGGAAGUCAGAGCUUGCUAAAGCAUUGGCUGCAUACUACUUUGGGUCAGAGGAAGCCAUGAUCCGACUUGACAUGAGUGAGUUCAUGGAGAGGCACACUGUUUCCAAGCUCAUUGGUUCCCCUCCUGGUUAUGUUGGUUACACCGAGGGAGGUCAGCUCACUGAGGCGGUUCGUCGCCGGCCUUACACGGUUGUGCUGUUCGAUGAGAUCGAGAAAGCUCAUCCUGAUGUUUUCAACAUGAUGCUCCAGAUCCUUGAGGAUGGGAGGUUGACCGACAGUAAGGGACGCACGGUGGACUUCAAGAACACGCUGCUGAUCAUGACGUCGAACGUGGGGAGCAGCGUGAUUGAGAAGGGGGGCCGUCGCAUAGGGUUUGAUCUCGAUUAUGACGAGAAGGACAGCAGCUACAACAGGAUUAAGAGCUUGGUGACGGAGGAGUUGAAACAGUACUUCCGCCCUGAGUUCCUCAACAGGUUGGACGAGAUGAUAGUGUUCCGGCAACUGACCAAGCUGGAGGUAAAGGAAAUAGCGGACAUCAUGCUUAAGGAGGUGUUUGAGAGGCUCAAGGGCAAGGACAUAGAGCUCCAGGUAACUGAAAGGUUCAGGGAUCGGGUGGUUGAGGAAGGCUACAACCCUAGCUACGGGGCGAGGCCCUUAAGGAGGGCCAUCAUGAGGCUGCUUGAGGACAGCAUGGCUGAGAAGAUGCUCGCAAGGGAGAUCAAGGAGGGGGACUCUGUCAUCGUUGAUGUUGAUUCCGAUGGUAAUGUGACGGUGCUCAAUGGAAGCAGUGGGUCCCCCGAUUCUCUGCCUGAAGCAGCAAGUCUCGUUUAAAAAGUGAGACUGAGCAGCAUCUCUUAAAUCUGAAUUUUCUUCCUUCGCCGUCUGUCAUCAUCCUCUUCUUUUUCUUAUUAUACCUUUGGGGGAGGGGAGGUGGUUCUUAACAGUUUAGGACUGAUUAAUUAUAAUAUAGCUGUUAUAUUUGUUGUACUCUGUUCGACUGGUCCCAUCCCCCGUGCGUGGGUGCUUAAAUUAAACUGAAAGCAGCUGUUAGGCGCACUCUGGCCGGGCUCAUCUUUUUUGGCACUUCUUGGGUACAAGUGUGACAUGGUAUUUUGGGUGGUGGUCUCAGAACGUCACAUUAGGUCAAUAAAUUAUCAUUACGGUUGGUA